CUGAAGUUUUUUAAAUCCCCAACACGUUUUCGAUAGGGGAGGUUAAAUUCUCUUCUGGGUGUUUUUGUAACAGGAGAGGGUGAAUGACCAUGGAAAGACUCAGGCAGCUAAAGCAAGUCUGGGAAGCUGGAGACAGAACACCAGGAGACAAACCCGAGUAGAUGCAUCAAGUCGCUAGAAUGCAAUGACUCCCUACUUGAAAUAUCUCCUCUGGACAGAAUCCUGAACUCAUCUGGAUCGAAGGAUCACGCCUGUAAGAAAAAAAAACCGCAAUCAAUACUUCAACAUAUGACGACGGAACCCAGUGUAUGUCAGGAAGUAAAACUAUCUUUUGCAAUUAAUUAUUUAAUUCAAUGUCAUGCUACAGAUUUAAUGCAAAAAUGUAAUCAGAUAAAAAGGGUAAUGCAUAUAUUCGUAAUAAAAGAAAUCUACAUUUUACAUACGGCUUUCAUCACUGUCUUUUGUCACCUUUAGCCGAGUAGGCUAAGUUGCAGGCCACUGUGGCAUUUCUUUUUGAAUCCCUGUUGAAAACUUUUAAUUAAUCUAUUUUAUCGGCAUAAUAGGUAUAGCAUUCAUUAUAGGCCAACGUACGUUAUUUAACACAGUGAGGUGCAGGGCCCAUUUGAUCUUGGCUAUAGGGUUGUCACGGGCUAAUGGCACAUCAUUCUGAGCCAACAAAAUCAUAAGGCAUGGUUUUACAUUUACGACCACGUUUCACUUCGAUUAUAUGACACAUGCAACCGUAAUGUCUGGGACCAAAUGUUCUUGUGUGCUAAAACUCGGUCAAGCGUGAUUUAAAAGGUAAAUACUCUAUUCCAACAUGGAACAGGCCUUUAUGUUUGCAAAGAGGUAAAAAGGCGGAAAAGAGAGAGGAUCUGAACUGGUUUCCAUGUCAAACACUUCAAUUCUCCAUAGAAACUCUGAUCUUAACGCCGAAACUUUAUUAAAUCCUGAUGGUGGAUUGAUAAGGCCGAAUUCUAUCGGCUCCCUUUUAUUGUGGAGACAGGGAGGGAUGACAGAGGUAAAUUGCUCUUUUAAUUAAAGCAAUGCACCAAAGGAAAUUGCUGUCUGAAUAUUGUCUCAGAGAUGGGGCUUGUGACAGUUGCCUGGAAACUUCAAUCUGUCUCCCAUUUAUUCCAGAUCAUAGUUUUGAGAUAAAGUUUAAUAAAAAUCUUUACCCGAAUGAAAGCCAACCCUUCCAGAUCAACAGACACAAUGAGACAGAACUGCGGAGGAAACCUUAUGUUUAACAUGUAUCUCUCAGAUCCUUCAGAUAAUCUACUGAAAGAAAGUAAAAACUCAUCAUGGAGCCCUAUGAAUACGGGAGUGCAAAAAGGUAGUGGACAAAUUCAGCUCUGGCAGUUUCUGCUCGAGCUGUUGUCAGACAGUUCCAACAUGUCUUGCAUCGCUUGGGAAGGUACCAACGGGGAAUUUAAACUGAUCGACCCCGACGAAGUGGCCCGACGUUGGGGUGAGAGGAAAAGCAAGCCUAAUAUGAACUAUGAUAAACUUAGCCGAGCUCUCCGCUACUACUACGACAAGAACAUCAUGACGAAGGUCCACGGAAAGCGUUAUGCCUACAAGUUUGACUUUCACGGGCUGGCACAAGUGUGUCAACCCUCGUCGACCGAACAAGCUUUUUACAAGUUGCAGAGUAAUUUCACACCACUGCCGUUUUCAGGUAUUUCCAAGCUCAACCUGAUGGCUCCAGGCGUUGGCCACUCUGGGUUCUCAUAUUGGCCAGGCUCCCCGCCGACUCUUUACCACAGUCACAACCUGCAACCAGGGCCCUUCGGCACCGUAUCUGCGCCGCAUAUUAGCUGCGUCAACAACAUCAACAACUUAAAUAAUUUGAAUAAUAUUAACAGUCCUUAUAACUGAGAACCUAAUUGGAGGGGUAGAUCAGAUACAAAUGCAUACACGAAGAGAAUGUAAAAUAGUUAAUGUUAAUCGAAAAUGUCCCAUUGCCCAAACACCCUCAAGCAAUAUCCUGUAUUACCACUUGGUCCACUUUAAAACAAUAUGCGAUGUUAUCCGAUAUUAAAUUUCGUAUAACUGUUACUGAGAUGAUAGACGUAGCCUAUCAGCGCCAUCUUACGGCUGGAAAGUAUUAGACUUCGUCUAAAAAAUAAUAGGCCUCCUAUUGACACGUUAGUGUACACAUUAUAACUGAAAAAUCACUCCUAUUAUUCUGGAAUAUUCAGUUGUUAGGUUUCAGUUGUAAGCCUAGGCUAUAUUCAUAUUCAUAUUUAUCAGCAAGACCUUCAAGAAGCAGUAUGCCUAGUUUAGUGUUCAACUGGGCCUGUGUCAUGUUUAUCACAGCGCCUAAUGAAAAGCAGAUGGCAAUAUGCACAGGAGGUUACCAAUAUUUCUGGUCUUGUCAAUAUAUACAGUAGGCUUUACUGCAUAGAGCAUUGGCUAUGCUAAAUUCUGCCUCAAGCGGAGUUAAUGAUAAUCACUAAAUCUGAAUAACAUUCAAACAAAAUGACUAUAGGACUCAUUUUUAAAUCAUUCAAAACUUUCAAAUUAAAAUGGCAUCACCGACUUACCAAUUAAACAGACCAACACAGAAACAGAAGCCUCACUGCGUCAUUGCCUUUUCAUCCGGUCGACGCGGGUGUCUUUUUUUUUGCUUACCAAAUGUUUUGUUUUUCUUUGUUAGUCUACGUUUUACCUAACCCUGCCAUUGUUUUUAUAUGUGGCUGUUUAGCCUACUGUUCUUAUAUCAGGAUCUUUUUCGGAAGACAUUUAUUUGACAUGACUACAAGCAUGGUUUAUAUUAGAGGCUACAGUUUAAUGUGCAGUUGUGGACAACAGUGUUCUUAACAAGCCCUCUUAUUCGAAAUUUAACGUAGCCUUUGCAUAUACUAAUUUAAUGGUCAAAGUUCUAUGUUUGUGAUAUGUUUUGAGAAGAAGUUGUUUUAUAGAGUUUACUGUUGUCUUUUUCCUCUGUGUAAAACGUAAAACGACAACAUUGAUGGUUAUGGAGAUCUAACAAUAAAAACGAUUUGAUGAAAAAAAUG